AUGGAAGGCAUGAGAGAAGGAGGAAUGCCAGCUCCUGAGCAGGCCUCAUUGGUGGAGGAGGGGCAACCACAGACCCGCCAGGAAGCUGCCCCCACUGGCCCAGGCAUGGAACCCGAGACCACAGCCACCACUAUUCUAGCUUCCGUGAAGGAGCAGGAGCUUCAGUUUCAGCGACUAACCCGAGAACUGGAGGUGGAAAGGCAGAUUGUUGCCAGUCAGCUAGAAAGAUGUAGGCUUGGAGCAGAAUCACCAAGCAUCGCCAGCACCAGCUCAACUGAGAAGUCAUUUCCUUGGAGAUCAACAGAUGUGCCAAAUACUGGUAUAAACAAACCUAGAGCUUCUGACGCUGUCCAUCCCAAUAACUAUCUCAUCAGGACAGAGCCAGAACAAGGAACCCUCUACUCACCAGAACAGACGUCUCUCCAUGAAAGAUCAUUGGGUAACUCAAGAAGUUCAACACAAAUGAAUUCUUAUUCCGACAGUGGAUACCAGGAAGCAGGGAGUUUCCACAACAGCCAGAACUUGAGUAAGGCAGAUAAUAGGCCACAACAUUCAUUCAUAGGAUCAACUAAUAACCACCUGGUGAGGAAUUCAAGAGCUGAAGGACAAACACUGGUUCAGCCAUCAGUAGCCAAUCGGGCCAUGAGAAGAGUUAGUUCAGUUCCAUCUAGAGCACAGUCUCCUUCUUAUGUUAUCAGCACAGGCGUGUCUCCUUCAAGGGGGUCACUGAGAACUUCUCUUGGUAGUGGAUUCGGCUCUCCAUCAGUAACCGACUCCCGACCACUGAACCCCAGUGCAUACUCCUCCACCACAUUACCUGCUCAGCGGGCAGCCUCUCCGUACUCUGCACAGAGACCCACCUCCCCAUCAGCUGUACGUCGGAUUGGGUCGGUCACCUCCCGGCAGACCUCCAAUCCCAACGGACCAACCCCUCAUUACCAAACGACCACCAGAGUGGGGUCCCCACUGACCCUGACGGAUGCACAGACUCGAGUAGCUUCCCCAUCCCAAGGCCAGGUGGGGUCAUUAUCCCCCAAACGCUCAGGGAUGACCGCUGUACCACAGCAUCUGGGACCUUCACUGCAAAGGACUGUUCAUGACAUGGAACAAUUCGGACAGCAGCAGUAUGACAUUUACGAGAGGAUGGUUCCACCUCGGCCAGACAGCCUGACAGGCUUACGGAGUUCCUAUGCUAGUCAGCACAGCCAGAUUGGACAAGACCUUCGUUCAUCUGUGUCUCCCGACUUGCACAUCACUCCUAUCUAUGAGGGGAGGACCUAUUACAGCCCAGUUUACCGCAGCCCAAACCAUGGAACCGUGGAGCUCCAAGGAUCGCAGACAGCACUGUACCGCACAGGUUCGGGUGUUGGAAAUCUGCAAAGGACGUCCAGCCAACGAAGUACCCUUACAUACCAAAGAAAUAAUUAUGCUCUGAACACAACAGCUACCUAUGCGGAGCCCUACAGGCCAAUACAAUACCGAGUGCAAGAGUGCAAUUAUAACAGGCUUCAGCACAUAGCACCAGCUGAUGAUGGCACCACGAGAUCCCCAUCAAUAGACAGCAUUCAAAAAGACCCCAGGCAAUUUGCCUGGCGUGAUCCCGAGUUGCCUGAAGUCAUUCACAUGCUGCAGCACCAGUUCCCGUCAGUUCAGGCAAACGCAGCAGCCUACCUGCAACACCUGUGCUUUGGCGACAACAAAGUGAAGUUGGAGGUGUGUAGGUUAGGGGGAAUCAAGCAUCUGGUUGACCUUUUGGACCACAGAGUUUUGGAAGUUCAGAAGAAUGCUUGUGGUGCCCUCCGAAACCUUGUUUUUGGCAAGUCUACAGAUGAAAACAAAAUCGCGCUGAAGAAUGUUGGUGGGAUACCUGCCUUGUUGAGACUGUUGAGAAAAUCUAUUGAUGCAGAAGUAAGGGAGCUGGUCACAGGAGUUCUUUGGAACUUAUCCUCAUGUGAUGCCGUAAAGAUGACAAUCAUCCGCGAUGCUCUCUCAACCCUGACAAACACUGUGAUUGUUCCACAUUCUGGAUGGAAUAACUCUUCUUUUGAUGACGAUCAUAAAAUUAAAUUUCAGACUUCACUCGUUCUGCGUAAUACGACAGGUUGCCUGAGGAAUCUCAGCUCCGCGGGGGAGGAAGCGCGGAAGCAGAUGCGAUCCUGUGAGGGGCUGGUGGACUCUCUGUUGUACGUGAUCCAUACGUGUGUGAACACAUCCGACUACGACAGCAAGACCGUGGAGAACUGCGUGUGCACGCUGAGGAACCUGUCGUAUCGGCUGGAGCUGGAGGUGCCCCAGGCCCGGCCGCUGGGGCUGAACGAAUUGGAUGACCUACUCGGAAAAGAGUCUCCCAGCAAAGACUUGGAGCCAAGCUGCUGGGGGAAGAAGAAGAAGAAGAAAAAGAGAACACCACAAGAGGAUCAAUGGGAUGGAGUUGGUCCUAUCCCAGGACUGUCGAAGUCCCCCAAAGGGGUUGAGAUGCUGUGGCAUCCGUCAGUGGUAAAACCAUAUCUGACUCUUCUAGCAGAAAGUUCCAACCCAGCCACCUUGGAAGGCUCUGCUGGAUCUCUCCAGAACCUCUCUGCUGGAAACUGGAAGUUUGCAGCGUACAUCCGAGCAGCUGUCCGCAAAGAAAAAGGGCUCCCCAUCCUUGUAGAACUUCUGAGAAUGGACAAUGAUCGAGUUGUUUCUUCUGUAGCGACUGCCUUGAGGAAUAUGGCCCUAGAUGUCCGCAACAAGGAGCUCAUAGGUAAAUACGCCAUGCGAGACCUGGUCAACAGGCUCCCGGGCGGCGCCAGCCCCGGCGUGCUGUCGGAUGAGACCGUGGCAGCCAUCUGCUGUGCCCUGCAUGAGGUCACCAGCAAGAACAUGGAGAAUGCCAAGGCCCUGGCUGACUCGGGGGGCAUAGAAAAGCUGGUGAACAUAACCAAGGGCAGAGGAGACAGAUCAUCUCUGAAAGUGGUGAAGGCAGCAGCCCAGGUCUUGAAUACACUAUGGCAAUAUCGGGACCUCCGGAGCAUUUAUAAAAAGGAUGGGUGGAAUCAGAACCAUUUUAUUACACCUGUGUCAACAUUAGAGCGAGACCGAUUCAAAUCACACCCUUCGUUGUCUACCACCAACCAACAGAUGUCACCUGUCAUUCAGUCAGUCGGCAGUACCUCUUCCUCACCAGCACUGUUAGGAAUCAGAGACCCUCGCUCUGAAUACGAUAGGACCCAGCCACCUAUGCAGUAUUACAGUAGCCAAGGGGAUGCCACACAUAGAGGCCUGUACCCUGGCUCCAGCAAACCUUCACCAAUUUACAUCAGUUCCUAUUCCUCACCAGCAAGAGAACAAAAUAGACGGCUACAGCAUCAACAGCUGUAUUAUAGUCAAGAUGACUCCAACAGAAAGAACUUUGAUGCAUACAGAUUGUAUUUGCAGUCUCCUCAUAGCUAUGAAGAUCCUUAUUUUGAUGACCGAGUUCACUUUCCAGCUUCUACUGAUUAUUCAACACAGUAUGGACUGAAAUCGACCACAAAUUAUGUAGACUUUUAUUCCACUAAACGACCUUCUUACAGAGCAGAACAGUACCCAGGGUCCCCAGACUCGUGGGUGUAGCAUCAUGAUGCUCGGGAGAGGAACUCUUUCUUUCUAACCUUGUUUGGAUUGAGAUGAGAAGUCCGUCUUGCUGAUUUGCUGAUGAAAUGUGAAAGUGACACGGAAGGAAUGAGUGAAGAGAAUUUUUUUUUCUUAUUUGAGGAAUUAUCAGGGAAGUGAGGCAACCUUUGGGAGGGAGGACUUUCUAAGCUCUACUUAGGCAUUAGAUCUAAUUACUUGUAGAUUCUAUAGUCUGGUGAAGGUGUGGGCGAUGUGAUGAGAGGUUUGAGAAAUGGGUGAAAAGAGAUGGGGGAUGUGUAGGUCAAAUCAAAUUAAAGAUGAUUUUUUUAAUGUGAAUAAGUUAUGUUCUGAUAGUUUGUACAGAAAAAAAAUAAUAAUAAAAUGGAUGCCCUUCAUGUUUUAUUGCUAUUACUAAAUGUCAAGAUUGUA